UCAUUUCGGGGAUUUCGGGGAUUUCGGGGACUUCGGGGAGAACGAUCGAGGCGGUUAUCAUGCUUUACGCAAUUUGCAGGCUAAAUGUUAUCGAGGCACGAGUAUUUUCUCCGAACGUAUUGCACUCGCGAGCGUUCAUCUCGACGGCGACCCGACACCCCGCCCAAGGCAAGAGGCUACCGAGUCCACUUUCUCCGUGGCGUGGCGAGCCAAGUGGCCCGCUCCUGUCCGCUCCUGUCCGCUUCGGUCCGCUUCUGUCCGCUUCUGCCCGACGGGGUAGCCCGUUGGGGUUGCGCCGUGCGCGCGCACUCUCCGUCAUCGGGGUGGGGGCCUCUCGCGGGGGGUCGUCCCCGCUCCGUCGCGGUCUGCCGCGGUCCGCCGCGUCGUUCCCGGAGCCGGUGCCCCGCAGAGAUCGCGAGACGCCAGGAGAGAUCGGUUACGAGAGGAGUCGGAGCGAGUCGUUCCUCGCAAGGAUCGAGAUCGGGUGCCGCGAGGAGGGGGAGGAAGGGGAGGCGCGAAGUCUCGUCUUCGAGGGAGCCGCGGCGGACAUCGAUCGCGUCGCCGCGCCACCGCGCGGCCCGAGUUUUGCAACCCUCGGUGGAAGCGGAAGCGGAAGCGGAAACGCCAGGAGAGAGGAGGGCAUGGUUCCGCGGGCCUGAGCCUCCGAGAGGGAUGCGGCGCGUCGAGAUGGCGCAGCGGACCGGCGAGACGCUCGGCGCGGAUCUGCUCAACCCCUUCGUCCACCGCCUCGAACUCGACACGACCUACGACAAGCUCAAGACGGCGUUCCUGACGGUGGCCCUGCUGCCCUUCCGCCUGGCGGCCAUCACGGCCCUGGUGAUCAUGGCCUGGCUCCUCGCCUGCCUGGGCCUGCACGGCCUCUCCGAGGAGGACCUCCGCCGGGCCCCGCUCACCGGGUGGCGCCGAGACAUGAGGGUGCUAGUCUGCUGGGUGAUGCGGGCCUUGUUCAUCUGCGGGGGAUUCCACCAACUAAAGGUGAAGGGCCAGAGGGCGCCUACCGAGGAGGCGCCGAUCCUCGCCCUGGCCCCGCAUUCGAGCUUCUUCGACGCCCUGCCGGUCGUCUACCUCGGCGGGCCGAGCAUCGUCGCCAAGGCGGAGACCGGGCACAUCCCCUUCUUCGGAAAGCUGAUCAAUUACACGCAGCCCGUCUACGUCUGGCGGGAGGACCCCAACUCGAGGCAGAACACGAUCAAGGAGAUCAUCGAGCGGGCGACGUCCAAGGAGGACUGGCCGCAGGUCAUGAUAUUUCCCGAGGGCACCUGCACGAAUCGCUCGUGCCUCAUCACGUUCAAGUCCGGCGCCUUCUACCCCGGGGUCCCGGUGCAGCCGGUGUGCAUCAAGUACCCGAACAAGCUGGACACCGUCACGUGGACGUGGGAAGGUCCCGGAGCGUUGAAGCUGCUGUGGCUGACGCUGACGCAGCUGAACAGCAGCUGCGAGAUCGAGUUCCUGCCGGUGUACAAGCCGAGCGAGGAGGAGAAGACGGACCCGAAGCUCUACGCCAACAACGUGCGCCGUCUGAUGGCCGAGGCUCUCGAGAUCCCCGUGUCCGACUACACGUACGACGACUGCAGGAUCAUCGGGAAGGCCCACCGACUCAACCUGCCGAACGCGGCGAGCAUCGUCGAAGCCCACAAGCUCAGAUACAAACUCGGCCUCCUGAAAGCGAAGCCCGAGGAGGAGCUGCUGCAAGGGAAGAGAGGCAGGUUGCCGGAAGAGGUCGACCUGCAUCGAUUCGCGACGAUCCUCAGGCUCGACGAGAAGGAAGCCUCGACGCAGCAGCUCUUCCGAAUUCACGACAAGCUCGGUCGAGGCAAGGUGGACCUCCAGGAGUACGUGUUCACGGUCCUGGUGAUCGCUAACGCCGACACCGCCACGGACAUGUUGCACACGGCAUUCGAGGUAUGCGACUCGAGCGGAGCGAAGCGUCUGACGAUGCCCGAGUUCAGGAAAGCCCUGAGGAUGUGCCUGCAGCUGCAGCCCGAGGAGGCCGACAAGAUCUUGAACCGCGCCGGGAGCAGGGAGGUCGACGGCGACACGGUGUCUCUCGAGGACGCGAUCGCCGCGGUGACCUCGCACGCGGAGUUGGCGCACCUCUUCGCCGAGAUGUCGGAAGCGAAGAGGAAGAAGACCAUUUGAGAGUGCCUCCUGGACGAGUCGAGAGGCCUUCGGCGGGC